UGCCCGAGCUCGACAUCGACAUCAGUGGCGGUCGAGCACCAGGCGAGUCAGGUAGUGGAAGACCCUCAGCGAAGGCUUUUCGCCUUUUCGUUAUCACAAGUGAUAAGAGCUAUGUCUGAAAAGUGGCUGUGUUUGCGGAGCGGUUUAGUGUCCAUGGGAAACAGACUUUUUAUAUAUAAAUCAUCAUUGAUAUCAAUGUUAAAGUUGUGAUUCACGUACUUUGACGUCAUAGUUUUACGAUAAGACGUUCAACAAGUGUCUUCCUUUUUAUCGGUGAUCAAAGUGUAAAGGAAACAACCUACGAAUGCGUAUGUGCUUCCAGAAAUACAAGAAAGUGGAGAGCCAUGUAGCAGGAGGAGCGGAAAAGAAACCAAAAGUAUUUUUACGAAGGAAAUAUCAAGGAAAAUGAAGGACAUUUUUGUCGUCUGGGGAUUCAUCUCCUGAGAAGUGAUAGCAGAGAAACGCUCAGGGAAAUGAUAGCGAUCUCAUUACAUAGUAUUCCUCCAUCCUACCACUAAUACCAAUGUACUAGAAUCAACAAUAAAGAGAAUAAAACCAUAUCAACGAGAGAGAAGUACGACGGUUGCGAGGGACGAUAUGCAGAGAGCGUGACAGGCAGGACUAGACAGUUCCACAACGACUGCUUUCCUGAAGGGCCACCAGCCCCGUCCGCCGCACUCGCCCCAGAUUGGUACGCGUGGCGCGUGGACAACAGAAGCGUUGUGGUGCCCCUGACGCCUGGAGGCAACCAGCUGGUGGCGGUAUAUUCCAAUCGCCGUUUUACGCCCACACUCGUCCUAGAGGGUCGAAACGUCACGCUGACGGCGGAGCAGAAGGAGAACGCUCGCGACUUGGACGACGGGAAGGCUUUGUCUCCUUACAUGAGUCACGAGUUCUCCAUCGAAUGUUCUGCCGCGACGGCUGGAGUCGGAGAUGGCGUAGUCUGCGGGAUUAAG